UUUGGCAGCUGUACUGAUGAAAACUCAGUGGAAAACAAUUGAAAAAAAUACUCAACAAGCUUUACAUCAAGUCCUAAAAGAAGUUUUGGAUCAACAAUACUUGUAGUAGAAUAAAUGUUUCCGAGCUAUCGUGACUUGAUAAUACUGUGGCAAUGUGAAAAUCAUAAUGAAAUUGCAUGUGGUCUGAUGUCUGAAAGGUGAACAUGAGUCCCCAGGAGGAGUACAUUGAAACUGUCUUCACCUGUGAAGGGAAUUUCUCUGACCCAGAUUUGCAUGCGCGAUUAGAACAGUUUCAUCGGGGACUUAAGGAUUUACUUUUAACAGAUAAGCGAAAGCUAGUGUUGAAGAAAGUGGAACCAUGGAAUAGUGUUCGAGUUACAUUCAAUAUCCCUCGUGAGGCAGCUGUACGUUUGAAACAGUUGGCUCAACAAGGUCAUGCUGCAUUAAAGGAACUUGGAGUACUGGCUGUGCAAAUUGAAGGUGAUCAGUUGAUAUCACUGACUAUUGCUGGUCACAACAAUGAACGAACAGAGUUGGUAUUCAAGAGCUCAUCUCCUGCUGCGAGUAUGGCUAAUCCCUUACAUGACCAGAUUGCACCAAACCAGGACACUGGUAGUCUGUCUACCUUACCAAGCAGCAAGAAAGAUGUUAAUAAAUUUAUUAGCCCUGGAACUUCUUUGGUGGACUCGAUAUUGAACUGCUCAUCUCCGGCUAGUGAAGUCUUUAGGUCUCCCAAUGUGGUGGCAUCAUCGUGUGAACCAAUACCCUUUAGACCAAACAGUGUGAUCAAUACCGUGUCAUUCUCGCGUUGUUCGACGUCGACAACUAGUUCAGCUUUACCGCCAGGUCGCAGCCCCACUGGAUACCCUGCUUCGCAGAGUCAAGGUUUAUUGUCCUCUCCAAGCACCAGUCGCAGUCCAAUUGGUCAGCCUGGUAUCAAAUACCCCUCCACACAGAGUUUAUCCCAUGCAUCCACCACAACCAGGGCAAGUAUGACACCAACAGGCUUGCCUCCACCCCCUCCCUAUCCACACACUACAACAACUGUGAACAAUGUGCCUCGCAUGUCGAAGCCAGUCACUUCCUCCAGUCCCUUACUGGUUAACUUGCUCCAGACAGACGCUCUAUCAGGUCCCUUUAAUAAUCUGGCCUCUAGUAAAAUGCUCCCCCCUCCAGAUGCCAGUCCACCUAAGCGCAAACGUCGGCAGAGAAAAAUAAAAGAGCCGAAGAACCCAAACACCCAGGUUUCUGUUGCCGGGGAUGGAUCUCUUCAGAUCACAUCUAAUUCUCCUCUAAUGUCAUAUAAUGUUUCCUCUUCGCUAACUAGUAGCACCAAUACAUUGUCAACAGCUGUGGCUAGCCAAGGCAUAUUAUCUGCCCCCAAUGUUACCUGCCCGAGCCCUACAUUCAACCCAAAAGACUAUAGUCCCGUUUCUGCAAAAUCUCAAAGUUCAGAUAUGUUAAUAAAUGAGAAACUUUCUGUUGAUCACAAGAGAAGUGAUGCUAAUACACUGCCUGCAAAUGUCCAACAUUAUUCUGCAGGAAAAUCUGGGCAGAUCUCAAAUCUUUUGUCAAAAGACUCCACUACAGGGGGUCAGCUAAUCAAUCCACAUACUGGCCAUUUAGAGUCAGUGAAUGAAAAUAGCCCUUCAAGAUCUGACAGCCUGCAAGACCUAAUCCCAGCAUUGGAUACCCAAUUAGUUAGAGGAGAAUUGAUGGCUGGUCUAAAGUCUAAGUUACCUGUAAAUAGUAAAGAAUCUGAAAGUGGUAGUCCCAAGACACCGUACACCUGUUCGAACUCUCUCCCUAAUAAGAAUACGUAUAUCUGUGAUAGUCUUGGACAUCACACAAACACAACUCUAUCAAAACCCAUAAGCCAUGGUCAUAUACAGCUGGGUAACAUUAAAGAACAAACCAAUCAAUGCGUUGGACUCAAUGGUCAAAAUUUACUAGGUCAUUCAAAAAACAGCCAGAAUGCAUCAAACUCAGCUGUGGCGGCCUUUCAGUCUAGUCAUAGCAAAGACGGGAGCAAGUCAACUUUACACAAUCCUUCAGCAGAGCAUGUUGAUAAAAGGUUUGCUCACUGUGGUGUUGAUGUUUCAGAGCAAAGCAAAACAGAGCCAAGUUUGUUUUCUCCACUCAGGAAAACUUCAGCAGGGCAGACUGGAAGUGCACGCAAACAGAAAAAAUGUGCUAACAAUGCUCCACGGACUAGUAAAGCUGACCGAGCUUGUGGCUCUGUGAAUAUCCACUGGGCUUCUGAUAAGCACAAUGUUCCAUUCUAUAAAAGUUGUUCUGACAAAAGCAGUACGUCGGGUGGCAGUGUUGCCAGCAAUAAUUCAGCUGUCUCAUCACUGUCAAGUGGGUUGCAUCAGAACACGUUGAAAGCACAUCAGGUUAAGAUUCCAGCAAGUGAGAAAACGGAUCGGUCUUCUACCAGUGACAGCAGCAGUAAUACCACCUUCAGCACCACCACUACCACUACCACCACCACUACCACCACUACAGCCACCACUACUACCACCACGACCACGCGUGAUACUACCACAGUGGAGCUAAAUCAAAUUCAAGAGAGUCCUGACAGCAGUAAAGUAGCCUCUCUCUCGGAUGCUGAAUCUGAGAGUUCUAACCAGAGCAGCCUCACAGGUUCCGUAGCCAUCACUUCUACUCCUUUCUCGGAUAAGGACACUAAUGUUAAAAAUGUGAUGUCUUUGAAUAAUGAUUCUGGUUUGGGAAGUGUAUCAGAACCAUCUGAUUCUCCUUCAGAAUCAGGAGAUAGUGAAGUUUUGAAGUCAAAUCAGAUUAGUCAGAAAUCAAACUGUAAGGAUGAAAGUGGCAAGCUUUUUGACAAUAAUCUGUAUGUAAUGCAAGAGAUACCUACAAACUAUAGCUUUCCUAGUAGUAAUGUCUUGCAUCAGCAAGCUGUUAAUUCCAAAUUAGCUGCUACAUUACAUGCAGUCAAGAACAGCAGUAGCAGCAGCAGUAGUCUAGCAACAGGUUUGAUUAGUGUUCCACAAACACACCAGUCUUCAGCUGCUCAGCUACAGACUACUGCAACAACUGCUGCAGAGCUGUGCACUUCUGCAGUGGCCAAUAGCCAUCUGGGGCUGCCCACUUGGACGACAAGCAUAGACAGUAGUGGUAGUUCUGUAUCGGCUGCUAAUGCAGUUGUCAGCACAGCUCUGUCCCAGUUUGCCUCACCUGGCAGUAAAGUUCUUGCUCCUAAUGUCCUCUCUACACACAACCCUUGUUCUUCCUCUUCCUCCUCCACCACUUCUUCUUCUCCUUCUUCUUCCUCUUCUCUAUCGCACUUGUUACCUACUAGUCUGCACAGUUACUUCACCACCUCAAAUUCUGUGCUCUCUUCAGCAACUGCAUCAAGUGUCUUUGAUUCCAAACCAUUUUGUGCCCACCUGACAACAUCUCAAGUAGCUCCUGAGCACUUGACAACAAUGGCAAGUCAGCAAGGAAGUUUGGCAGCAUCUACAACAUGGUGUAACCCUAUAUUCCCAGCUAGUGCCAAAAUGGCAGCUAUGCUAUCUGGUGGAGAUACUGGUACAACCAAGGAACAGCUAAAUAAUCCAUCGGCUGUUAGUGGCAGUGGGGUGGCCGUGUCCCACAGUAGAGCCCCUGUCAGCAGUACUUGCUCGUUGUCCAACAUCACGAGUCGUGGAUCAGGCACCACCGAACAAUCAGAUGCCUCUCAGCAGCUUUCUCACCAAAUGCUGUCUUCUCUGGCCCUUGCAACACUGUCCAGUGAGCUGGACAAAGGACUGACUCAGGAAAUCUCCAAAUUAGCUGAAAGUAAGAACACGGAUAUUUCAAGUUUAGGAAAGGACAAACUGAACACUCUAAUAAACACAGAUGUCACCACAGCAAUACUAUGUCCUUCUAGUAGAUCAUUUGCAUCAUUAUCACAUCUAAUGUCAUCUGAUGUUGAACUUUUUAACAAGUCUAUUACAACAGAAGAAUUCCAACAACCUAAGGUACAAGUUGAUUGCAACAAUGGACUGAAUGGUGGCAUUUUUCUUUCUCAACCAGGCCAAUCAAAAGAAAUUGAGAUAUCAGUGUGCAGUUCUCUAAAAGACUCUUCAUCAGGUGUUUUGGACAAAUGUACAAUGAUGGAGAAAACUACCCUGCAGGUGACAGUGGCCGACUUGAGUAACAUCCUUGGUAGUGGCCUAUCGGCGAUUUUAUCUUCUAACAGCACUCUUGCUGAAUCUACCAUGAGUAGUAGUCACAGUAAUAGUGGCAGUAGUGCUGGGCUUGCUAGUACAACUACAGGGAGUACGAAUGUUUGUUCUGCAAACUCCCUGAAAGUGUCACUUGGAGCAGCUAGCUGUCAAGAUUCAGCCAAAGGGUCCAACAUCACGAGCAUUUAUACGAAACGGUCAGGCUCAACAUCUGUAAACACAGUAAAUUGCUUACCGCACUUAUAUGCCCCUGACUUGCCCUUACCAAAGAGACUCACUGAAUCAGUUCAGCGCCUAGUAAAGCCCCUUCCAUCAAGUGACCACUCUCUACCUCGCAUUCGUAAGUCUCCUGUCAGUAGCUCCAUCCGACAGCAGGCAGUUAGUACGUCUACAUCUCCUCGUUCUAGUCCACACCAUGGCAAACACCCCCCAAUUGGCUCACCACGAGCACAGACUCUUGUAGAUCACAUACACACUUCAUCCCAAGCUCCAGUUUCUCCUCUCAACUCAUCAUCACUUUCUUCUAGUCAGAACUCUUGGGUUCUCUCAAGCCACACAAGCACACCUCAACUUUCAACUAUGCAUAAUAUGGUCCAGAGUCUACCAGCUCCUCUGGUUAGUUACACUCCAUCAACUCUGGCUCAAGUGGCCUCAUUAGAUCACCAAUCUUUCUCUCAGGUUUAUCCUGGAGAAAACCUAUCAACUCAUGCAACUGCUUCUACUUCUGCCCUGGGUAAUGUAUCCCAGAGACUUGGCUUGCAACAUUUAGAACACCAGCAGAUGCUGAUAGAUUCUCCAGAGGAUAAAACCUUAGAUUCUUCUGAACGGAUUCUAAAUUCUUUUGAUGUGCCUGUAAGUCUUCACUCGUCGGUUAUUCCACCAUCUCAACAGCAGCAGUUCUUGACGACAGCGAGUAGUAUCACUACACUGCCUGCAGCAUUGUCUGGAACCAAACAGCGGGACUUAAAUAGAAAUCUAGACUGUCAAGUUGAAGAGCAUGUGGUUAAUUUUCUGGCAUCAACUGCUAGAAAAGGCAGCACCCCUACUAACACGAUCACCUCCACCACUUUACCCAUCACCAACACAGCUUCGUCCUCUCCCUUACGCUCUUCAUUUUCCACAUCCUUCUCCACAUCCAUUUCACACACUGCUGAAAUAUCUCAUGGGACUUCUGUCUCCUAUGUUGACAGUUUAGGGGCUCCUAAUAUCCUCUCAUCUUUGAACAUUGCUACCCAUGCAAAUCCGAUGACAUUGGCAUCUGCUCUCCAAGCAAGUCAGUCGUCAUCUAAUGUGACGUUGGUUGACUCACACCAUCAACAACAGCAACAGCAAAAUCAUCAUCAUCAGCAACAAACUAAUCCUAGGAGUGUUAACCAAAAUGCGUCCCAAUUAGCAUUGGAACGGUUUCAGCUUCAGUCUGGUGCUAUGAACUAUGAGUCUAGUAGUAAACUGUUGACACAGCCAACUACCGCUGUGCCCUCAAGUGAAAGCUUAACUAGCUUCACCAAUCAGCAGAGCCUACCAGGUUUGAGUGCAGAAGCAACAUCUGAACAAUUGUCAAUGCAAAGGGUGUCUGCAGCAGUUUCUGUUCCACUGCCUGUUGCUGGUCAGCAGGCUGCCUUGCAAACCCACCUCACUGAAGCUGUGAGCUCUAAUCUCAACAUGCACAAUGGUAGCAAGAGGCCGGCAGGAAGCUUAGCUGAGAAAAGUGAGAAGCAUUUGCAGAGCACAGAUUAUGAAAGUACACCAUCGCUUAGUUCAGCAGAAGGGAACUGUUUGACCACUGUUACAAAUCCACAGGAUUCAGAUAGUGCCAUUACAUGCCCAGAUGAAGCAGCUCAAGUCCCAGCUGUCACAUCAGAGCAGAAGACAUCUGUAGGUAGUUUGCAUGCUGAAGAAACAGGCGGAAAUGUGGAGGGUGACACACAGAAUCACACUGAUGCUAUUAAACCCCUUGAGCCUGCCAAUACAACAUCGUCUCCUGUGAAUCGUGUGUGUCAUAAAGCUGAGUUAGCUAACAUGGGCAAUGGAGAGCAGCAUCACCAGCGAUCGGAACAUUCUCUCAGGGAACAUGAUUCUAGUAAUUCUUCUGGCACUGCAGCUGACCAGCUCAGUGAAGGAACCAGUUCUAGUUCUCAAAGUUCAGGUGCUAAUCUUGGUAACACGCUGCCCAGUAAACUCUCCCAUGGGGUCAGUCCUGAUCAGUCCACGUUGGCUGUGCCAACAGAAGACUCGCAUCGAACCUCAGAAGCUGAUGCGGUUUUGUGCAACAAUAUUGACAGCCAGAGUGCAACUGUAGUGUCUCAUGAAUCUGUCAAUGACUGCAGAUCUGCAGAACAAGAUGCUAUACAGGAAGCCAGCAACAAUUCUGAAUCUCAUCAGGAUUCAGCUGCUUCAGCUAUAACUGAUGGGCAACACCUAGAAAAAGAGAAACAGGUGGAAUUGGUGGAGAACUGUAUCCAGUCUCAUGACUGGCUUCCUAAUAAGGAAGUGAUGGAAAGCAAUGUUACAAAACAGAGCGAUGGUGGUGAGAAAGUGGAUGGAAGUGAUUGUAAAGAAUCGUCUGAUGUCAAACCUCCACUUAUCCGGCGUGGAAGGCCUGGUGCCCAGGAGCGGUCAGUUGCUAGCAGUGUUCGUGAUCGUUCUCCUGUGAAAGUCCGCAAUAAGCUGUCUGAUGCUGCUGCCUCAUCCACAGCUGAACACAAGGAGGAAUUGCCUGCCGAACCAGUGAAACGUUCAACGCGUGGUUCAACUCGACCAAAAGAUUUACCAGAUCAAGUCUGGCACAAGCGGCGCCGUUCAUCUCGUGACCACAGAUGAAAACUGGAGUUGGCUGUAGUGGUGCAGUGCUGCUUGUGUGUUUGCAGCUGUUGUUGUCAGUUCAUUGUACAUAGCUACACGUCAUUAUCCACUCCUCUCCUCCUCUUGUUGCUGGCCUGUGUUCUAGCUGCCGUUGACCUUCAUUAAGCCUUCACAACCACCACCACUACCCUUCCACCUCCACUACCACAACUACCACUAAGCAUCAGCAUCACCAUUACUACCACAAACAUCACCACAACUGUCACAGUUACCAACACCACCACCACCACCACCACCACCAACCACCUCAACAACACUCCCUUGGAUUUCUCCCCAGCAUCAUGCCAUUGUAUUUCAUACACAAACAAAAAUCUCUCUGACAUGUAAAUAGCAACAAGUUAUCUGUAAAUAUGUAGCACUACCGGAGUAUUUAAACUAUGGACUAAAGCAAUGCCGAGUUAACUUCUUCUGAAAGUGUCUGUGGAAUGGAAUGAAACCAUUACAUUAACCCGUCUGUGUGCAUGUGCUAGUGCGUAUGUGAUGUGAUGUGUGUGCUUGCGUGUGCAUGUUUGUAUGGAUGGUGUAUGUGGUGUGUUUUAGUAUGAUUGUGUGUGCAUGUAAGUGUCAAUUGAUAAACCCUGGAUGGCCAGUGUGGAAAUGUAAAAAAAAAAAAAAAAUUUAAAAAAAAAAGACAAAAUUGAAAAAAAAAAUUUCAGAUACCAAACUUAAAAAGAUGUGUGUGAAGAAGCGGGGUGGGAAUGAGAAUGUAAGUUGCUUGAUUAAAAAAUUUUUAAAAAUUAUUAUUAUUAUUAUUAUUAUAUUAUUAUUACUAUUAUUAUUAUUAUUAUUAUUGAGGAGGUGGGGAUAGAAUGAAAGUUGAGGGUGUAAUAAAAGAUUUAAAAAAAAAAAAAAGGCCUUUUCCUCCCAACUGAAACACAGCUUUCUCCUCUCUCUCUCUCUUUCUCUCUCCCUUCCCCCUUUUCACAUUGAAGUUUGAAGUCUUGGUGAUGGCAGCAACUUGAACAAAGGGAAAUAGCAAUGACUACAGAAAGUGGUAGGUGAUGGUAGUGGUAGUACUGGCACAGCUGCUAGUAAUGGUGAUGUUGAUGAUGAUGAUAAUAAUUAUAAUAAUAAUAAUAAUAAUAAUGAUAGUGAUGGUGGUGCAGCAACAGCAGCAGACUUGUGUAUAAAAAAAAGUUGCUCUCGUCUGGACAGUGUAUAAAAAAACCAACACAAAAAAAAAAGAACUUGUCUAAUUUAAAAAAAAAAAAACCAAUAAAGACUCUCAUACCAAUUUA